GGUGGCCGAUGAACUGUUCAUGCUCAGCGUGCCCUUCGUGGCGUCGUCGGCCGCGCUGCGCCACUGGCCCUUCGGCUCCCUGCUGUGCCGCGCGGUGCUCAGCGUGGACGGCCUCAACAUGUUCACCAGCGUCUUCUGCCUGGCCGUGCUCAGCGUGGAUCGCUACGUGGCCGUGGUGCACCCUCUUCGCGCUGCCUCCUGCCGCCGGCCCCGCGUGGCCAAGCUCGUCAACCUGGGCGUGUGGCUGGCUGCCUCGCUGGUCACGCUGCCCAUCGCCGUCUUCGCCGACACCCGGCCCGCCCGCGGCGGCCGUGCUGUGGCCUGCAACCUGCACUGGCCUCACCCGGCCUGGUCGGCAGUCUUUGUGGUCUACACUUUCCUGCUGGGCUUCCUGCUGCCUGUGCUGGCCAUCGGACUGUGCUACCUGUUGAUCGUGGGUAAGAUGCGGGCCGUGGCCCUGCGGGCGGGCUGGCAGCAGCGGCGUCGCUCAGAGAAGAAGAUCACGCGGCUGGUGCUGACGGUGGUGGCUGUGUUCGUGGUCUGCUGGAUGCCCUUCUACGUGGUGCAGCUGCUGAACCUCUUCGUGACUGGCCUGGACGCCACUGUCAACCACGUGUCCCUCAUCCUCAGCUAUGCCAACAGCUGCGCUAAUCCCAUCCUCUAUGGCUUUCUGUCUGACAAUUUCCGGCGGUCCUUCCAGCGGGUCCUGGGCCUGCGUUGCUGCCUACUGGGUGGCACCGGGGGCGCCGAGGAAGAGCCCCUGGACUACCAUGCCACCGCCCUCAAGAGCAGAGCCAGGCCUGGGUGUGUGUGCCCCCCACUUACCUGCCAGCAGGAGCCGGGGCCGCCAGAACCUGACCGCAAGGACAUCCCCCUCACUGGGACCACUACCUUCUGAAGAACCCUCCCACUG